AUGCUGCACUCAUUUACUGAUCCACGUAAAAGAGCAACGUGGAUCAAAAUAUUAAAUAUCAAAAAAGGAAUUGUGAAAGACAGAAGCGUCAUCUGUUCCUUACACUUUGAUGACAAAUUCUUGAACCGGACAUCUUCGAGAUUGACAAAACUGAAGAAAAAUGCUGUACCAUCUGUACACAGCUUAGCGAAAUUUCUAAGUGACAAACAUAAGGCCUAUAUCUUGUUGAAACACGCGUACGGGGACCAAUGUCUGUCCCGUGCGUACACGUAUGCAUUAUUCGACGAGUACCGUAGUCGAAGUUUCGUACAGAUAUCAGAAGAGCAGUAUGAGCCUUUUACGGCCAGUUUCGCUGUCGCGGGAACAUCCAAAGCCCAAGCUAAUGAGAAAAAAAUAGACACAAUCGACGCUAAAGUCACAGUCCCAGUAACGGAAGAUCCUACUUGUACCAUCGAAGAACCCGGUGCAUUUACGGCGGUAUCAAAGGACGCCGAUUGCUAUAAUAUGAAUCAUAAAAAUCGCGGCAAGUGCUUAAUAUUCAAUCACGAGAGAUUUAACUUUUCUUCCCAACGGAAGGGUUCAUUAUUGGACGCCAAGAGACUGGAAGUAACUUUCAGGAAUCUUGGAUUUGACGUGGAAAUUUACAAUGACUUCACGCAUAGCGAAGUUGUGGACAUGAUACAAGACGUGAGCAAGCUCGAUCAUACGGAUAAUGACUGUCUCUGCAUCAUUGUGCUAACUCAUGGGAGCGAGAAAAAUAUGAUAAUCAACAUGAUCUAA